UUGCAAAUCGUCACUUUCGACGAAAGAGUUUUGCUUAAUUUAUUGUAUCAGUCCUUUAAGAAGCGACUUACUACGAAUCCCAUUCGACAUGGAUGCCCAUCGGGAAGCUAUUCAGAAACAAAUCCACCAAGAUUGGGCCAACCGGGAGUACAUAGAAGUGAUAACAGCCAGUAUUAAACGAAUCACCGACUUCCUCAACUCGUUCGAUAUGUCCUGCCGUUCUCGCCUCGCCGUGUUAAACGAGAAAUUAACUACCCUAGAGCGACGGAUUGACUAUCUCGAAGCGUGUGUGACCAAAGGCGAAACGUUGCAAUAGUAGUAAUGAAAGUCGCCGACGAACAAUAACAAUCUACCUGCGUCUAUGAAUCACACCAGAGAUUGGCGAUCGUCAGGAGUGGACUGCACCGGGUUAUGUUAACAAAUAAUCAUAAUCGUAAUCGUACAAGCGAGAAAACUUCAGCAUGAACAUAUAGACCCAACCGGCGAUGCUAGGUGCUUUGAGAUUGAAUGUGAUCGGAAGCGUUUUUGAUUGAUAGCACGUUUUAGGCAAAUGAAAAGAGGUCUAGGCAACAUAAUGGCAACAACGGGAAUAGUCUCGCCUUCGUUCGGACGACUAAUCGCUUGGAUUUGAACGACGAACUCGAUCAUUCAGUAGGGUUUAUUUGUGCGUAUGGUUUGCUGUAUAUUUCCUUUAAGAUUGAUAGUGAACGAAUCUAUGAUGUGCUAGGAAUAAGCGACGAGCCUACAGAAUACUUUUGAAUUCUAUGUGAGUUUGAGAAGUAUGUGUUCCAUUUAGUAUCAGUUCAUGUCUAAAUUCCCAUCAAGAAACAUACCAACGUAAAACCCGAUUGAGCAAUUCCGGAAACAUAAAUUGCAUAACCCUGAAAUAAGUGCAAUUCCGUAAGCAAAAUUCGAAAAAUGAAAAAAAAUAAAUAUUUCACUUUAUUUAAUACUUAACAAACGAAGACAAUCGCAAACAUUUUCAUGGAGAGACGUAGCGGAAUCGCUUAUAUUACACAGAAGGGGCAUCCAAGGUACCUCAUACCACCUUCUUUCUACUAAACAGCUAA